AUCUGUGUUUUUUUCUCAUUAAAAAAAAUCUGCAUUUAUCUUUUUUUCCUAAAAGAAAAAUAUAUUAGUGUAAGUAAAUGAAUGUAGCUCCAGGGUUCUCUCUGCCAAUGAAAGAAAAGAAAAAUUCAUUAAUGUAAUUAUGGAAUGAUUUUUUUCUUAAUUAUAAUCUUAAAAUUGCAAAAUCAUGGAUCCCUGAGAGAGAGAGAGAGAGAGAGAGAAAGAGUUUCAAUCUCAUGGAGCUGUGAGAAUAUUUCCGAGAAAGAAACUUUCUGAUAUACUCUUCAAAUCUAAUUCCUUUUCUCCAAUUCUAAUUCCUGCAAAUCGGUAAAUCUCAGAACUUUCCUUCGACUCUCCUCUCAGAUCUUACUUUUUUCCACUUUAAAUUAACCUAUUUUGUUAACUAGAUAUGAUUAACUACCCCUCUUACCAAUCUUCCAAAAUCAGAAAUUUCAUGAUUCCCAUUUCUCUGUUUGUGUAAAUCGUGAUCUGGGUAUGAUUUUUUUAUUCAAUUUUCGAAGCAUUAGCUAAAUUUUUGCAGUAGAAUGAGCAAUUAUUCAUUUGGGUCUUCUGGAACUCCUAAGUCUUUCAGUGCAUACCCAAGAGGUGAUUUUGAUCUAGAAUCUGGAACCAUCAAAAGAGUCCGCAAGUAUAAGAAUUCACGUUUACAUCCCAUGAAAAUGAUCAAUUCGAUUCGAAAUCACCUGCAUUAUUAUUUCAAGCUCCACCCCAUUUUAUGUUUUCUUGGAUCAUUGUCCCUUGGAGUCUCAGUUUUCUUAGUUUUUUCUCUUUAUGAGAGCCGUUACAAGAUGAUGAAUGGUUAUCAAAGUUAUAAUGUUGAACCAGAUAAGUAUCCAUUUCCCAAGCUUCAAAAUUUAGUAAUGGUUGCUGGGCAUUCAAUUUAUACUAGCAAUGGCUGUGGAAAAGUUGAUGAGGAGAAUUCUUGGUUUUUGGAGCCUUAUCAGAAGAAUCCAGGUCAAGCUGCUACUUUUCUAUCUCAUAUAGAAGGAGGAGUUGAACUUGCAGCCAAAGAUGAAAAUGCCUUACUUCUGUUUAGUGGUGGAGAAACUAGGAAAGAUGCUGGUCCAAGGAGUGAGGCACAGAGUUAUUGGGCUAUUGCUGAAUCAAAAGGAUGGUUUGGUAAAGGAGAGAAUAUUAAAUCAAGGGCACUUACUGAAGAGCAUGCAAGGGACAGCUUUGAAAAUCUUCUCUUCAGUGUGUGCCGGUUCCGAGAACUAACAGGCACCUAUCCUCAGAACAUAACAGUGGUAAGCUAUGAUUUUAAGGCUGAGAGAUUUUCACAGCUGCAUCGAUCUGCAUUAGGCUUUCCGGAAUCUAGGUUUUUCUUCUUGGGCACUCCAGCUACCUCCUCUGCAAGAGCAGCAGCUGAGAAAGGCGAGGCACUGGUGCGAACUCAGUUCAAAGAAGACCCGUAUGGGUGUAGAGGAUCACUUCUUCGUAAGAAACUAGGGCGUGAUCCUUUUCACAGAACAAUUCCUUAUCCUAUUGGUUGUCCUGAGAUUGAAGGUCUUUUCAGAUACUGUGGAACUGAUCCUUAUCCAGCCUCCCUUCCGUGGGCUUAGUAAAACUUUUACUUACCUUUGAUCCCUACAACCUAAACAAAAACAAUAGUUUUGGAGUCUUGGGUUACUUUUUUUGGGUUCAAAUCUUUAAUUAUAGAAGAAAUUAGAAAUAUUGGUUAGGUGUAUCAUAUACCAAAAGGAGAAGAAUUAUUUGACUAUUGUGUCACUAUGAAAGGCUGGGGGUAUGGUAAUUCACUUCUGUGUAAAAUCAUAAUAAAAGACACAGAAUGUUGUGCUAUGUAACCUGUCAUUCAUAUGUACAUUAAUAAUGCUGUUGUGUCAUAUUAAAUUUUGAGUUUAAGCCCCUUUAAAGAAUUCGAAGUAUUAUUGUGCAUUCAAACACUUCUUUUGUUCCAAGAUUGAUGUGAAUGAAAGUCUACUCUUUAAGCUGUAAUGCAGCUAUAAAA